UCAAAACUCCCUUAAAAUACUGUUCGAAAUACCGACAUUAACCACUGCUCCACCGCGAAAUCCAGAUAUAUCUCUCAAGUCUCCGUACCGGCCGCCGCGUCCCACCUUCUGCCGGCCGUCCUCCUUUUUCCGCCGCUUAUCUUCUGCUUACGUAAAGAUCAUUCAUCAUGUCGUGGUGCACCAUCGAAUCAGAUCCCGGGGUUUUCACUGAGCUUAUUCAGCAAAUGCAAGUAAAGGGAGUGCAGGUUGAGGAAUUGUAUUCACUGGAUCUUGACGCUCUCAACGACCUUAGGCCAAUCUAUGGAUUAAUAUUUCUUUUCAAGUGGCGACCUGAUGAAAAAGAUGACCGUCUUGUGAUUAAGGAUCCCAGUCCUAACUUGUUCUUUGCUAGCCAGGUUAUCAAUAAUGCGUGUGCUACCCAAGCAAUCCUGUCUAUUCUUCUGAACAGCCCAGAUAUUGACAUUGGCCCAGAACUAGCACAGUUGAAAGAAUUCACAAAGAACUUCCCACCAGAGCUUAAAGGUUUAGCUAUCAAUAACAGUGAACCAAUUCGAGGUGCCCAUAAUAGCUUUGCAAGACCAGAGCCAUUUGUUCCCGAGGAGCAGAGAGCUGCCGGGAAAGAUGACGAUGUCUAUCAUUUCAUAAGCUACAUACCCGUUGAGGGUAUACUGUAUGAGCUUGAUGGAUUGAAAGAAGGUCCCAUCAGCCUCGGUCCGUGCCCUGGUGGGAACAAUGACAUAGAUUGGUUGCGUUUGGUGCAGCCAGUGAUUCAGGAACGCAUCGAAAAGUACUCGAGAAAUGAAAUUAGGUUCAACCUGAUGGCCGUAAUAAAGAACAGGAAAGACAUGUAUACAGCCGAGCUAAAGGAGCUUCAAAGGAAAAGGGAACGCAUCCUGCAGCAACUCGCUACUUUACAGUCGGAGAGGCUGGUCGAUAGCAGCAACGUGGAAGCUCUGAAUAAAUCACUAACGGAAGUGAAUUCUGGGAUUGAAGCGGCCACCGAGAAGAUAUUGAUGGAGGAAGAGAAGUUCAAGAAAUGGAAAACGGAAAACAUUCGCCGAAAGCACAACUACAUCCCCUUCCUGUUCAACUUCCUCAAGAUUCUUGCUGAAAAGAAGCAGUUGAGACCUCUCAUAGAGAAGGCCAAACAAAAAGCUAGCAAAUCCUAGGUGAAAAGAGAAAUGUACACUCGACUUUAUUAGACAACAAUCUUGGUUGCUGAAUUGUAUUAUCUAUACUGUUAUUUAACCACCCCAAGGUUUGCUUAAAGCACCCAUGAUUUUCUUAUAUUAGAACACGUAUUUUAUUAACUUACAAUGAAAUUCUGCAUCUUGAUCCAA